AUGACCCUAGAAGAAAAAUAUUUUUUGCAAGCUAUAGAUGAUCUAGGAAAAGGAUCAAAACUGCUUUGGAUUAUUUUUAUCAUCAACAUUUUAACAACACUAUUGUUCGGAAUUAAUUCCAUGUCAUAUGUCUUUAUCGGUGAGGUUUGUAUUAACUUUUUAUGCAUACUUAUGAAGAAAACAAAAAUACCUGAGUAUUGGUGCUCUACUCCAGAGCUUACGUCUACAAAUUGGACUACAAAUCAAAUAAAUAAUAUUUCUAUUGUUGAUGAAUGUCAACGAUAUGAUUAUAACUACACACAACUUGUGGAAUUGGGAUACGAAAAAGCCGUACAACAUGUCGAGAAUUUAAAAUCUAAGCCAAAGAUAGUUUCCUGUUCAUCAUUUAUAUUCGAAGAUAAUGGAAAGUCAACAAUCGUCAGUGAAUGGCAAUUAGUGUGCGACAAAAAAUUACAUCGAGCAAAUACAUUUUUAGUGUAUUCAUUCGGAAUAAUGGGUGGGUCAGCAAUUCUAGGAGUAUAUGCAGAUAAAUAUGGCCGAAAAAAUUCAUUGAUCAUUAGUAUAAUACUGCAUACUAUUGCUGGGCCUUUGAGUGCAUUGGUACCAUGGUUUUGGGCUUAUGUUAUUUUAAAAUUUUUUACAGGAAUGAGUCUGGGUGCUAUGUAUUCUUCAGCGUUUACUCUUUUUUCAGAAGUCGUGAAAAGCAAGAGAAGAAAGCUCUUCGUGGGUGUGCUCGAUAGUUCAUUUUCAGUUGGAACGUUUUUUCUUGUAGGCAUGGCUUAUUUUUUACCUAAUUGGAGACAGUUACAAAUGGCCAUAUCAUGUUUUGUUCUACCAAUAGUUAUACUCAUUUGGUUCAUGCCAGAAUCACCACGAUGGUUGAUAUCACAAAAUCGUCAUGACGAAGCUCAAAAAAUAAUUGAAAAAUACCAUAAAUCAUUUGUUAUGACACCAAUUAGUAUUGUGGGAAACUCAACAAAUGAACCCACAAUGUCAUCGGGAGAAUGCCAUCAAACACCAAACGAAAACAAAAGUUUUUUUCAUCGUAAUUUCGAAAGCUUAAAAAUUCUGUUUACACAUCCAGAUUUGAGGAGAAAAAUUAUCAUAAUGAAUUUUUCGUAUUACGUCACCGCGGUGGCAAGUUAUUCACUUGCGUUUAACGUCGAAAAUUUGAAAUCAAACCGAUAUGUUUACAUGUCAAUAUUGUCAACUAUUGAAGUACUAGGGAAUUCAAUAAUUUCAGUCGUCCUGCUGUUUUUUAAAUGUCGAAAAUUACUCGUUACAUCUUACACGAUUGCAUUUAUUUUAAUGAUAACAAUGUUAGCCAUCCGCGAAGAAAAUAAAAUUUCAAUUAUAGGGUUAACAUUAGCAGCGAAGUUUUGUUUUUCCGCAAAUUUCACUGCCAACUUAGUGCUAUUUUCAAAACUGUUUCCCAGCAAUGUUAGAAAUACCGCAUUUGGAACGUGCGUAUUAAUGGCACAAACUGGAAGCAUGACUGCGCCAUAUAUUGUUGAUUUGCUUGGUAAUGUUGCUUGGUGGGCUCCUACUACACUUUGUGGUAUUUUAUCUCUGAUGGCUGGAAUUUCCUGUUUUGCUAUACCUCGAACAAAAAUAGAUAAUUAAUAUUAUACUACGAUAGUUAAGGACAUUCCCAUGGAGCAGUCGUGCUCAAUUUUAAAGACGAUUCUUCCUAUGAUAAGUACUAUUAGUAAAAUGAAAAAUAAUUAAGGUACUCGCUUGCUCUCAUAUGCGCAAAAAUCCA